AAUAUUGCAAGGGAUGUUUGAAAACAACGUGCACUGUUGUAUUGUGUUCCAAGCAUUAUAACUCAAUGAGUAAAACAAAGCUCUUCUCUACUGGGUAUUUUAGUUUGGUUUUUUUGUUCGAAUCUGCGUGUGUCCGGUUUCUGUAACUAUUGCUACCUGGGAUUUGUUCCUUGUCUUCAAUACGAUUGGUGGAUCACUUUGAUUUGACUCUCUGCUUCUGAAUUCUCGGUGGGUUCGUGGCUUCCUCACAAGCACAAGUUGAAUUUUGUCCCGGGAUUAUCGAACAAUUCAUAUUGGAGCUUGUUCUUUCAGUCAAUUUAUAUUGGGAUUGCUUAACCUUGAUGGAGUAUGGCGACCACCCAGAUUUUAUCUGUUAAAUCACAGAAAAAAUGUCACAGUAUCAAGAGUGCUUUGACAUCUGCUAUUCUUGAAUGGUUACUAAUUUGUAUGCUCUUUGUCGAUGCUAUAAUAUCAUACUUAAUCACAAAAUUUGCCUGUUAUUAUGGACUGCAAACACCAUGCCUGCUAUGCUUAAGACUUGAUCACAUUUUAGGCAAUAGGAAACCGAAAUAUUAUUGGGAUUUGAUCUGUGGCAAACAUAAGUUAGAGAUCUCAUCCUUAGUUCUAUGUCAUGCGCAUAAUAAUCUUGUUGACGUCCAAGGAAUGUGUGAAACUUGCUUGUUCUCAUUUGCCACAAUCAACAAGUCAAAUUCCGAAACAUACAGAUUAUUGGUGGGCAAAUUGGGGGAGGGUUCUAGCCUUGGUCUAAAUGAGGACUCAUUACUUGGCGAUCAUACAUCAAGUCCCCUAUGUUCUUGUUGCAAUGAGCCAUGGAUUCCAAGGGGGUACAGCCAGAAGUUGAUGCAGACCAAAAUAGUUGGUCCAGAGACUUCAGAUUUUGAUGGCCCUUUAUCAGGCACUGUUGGAUAUCAGGAAAACCUGAAGAAGGUGGAACGAACUGUAUCAGUCAGAGCCACGCAUCGAAGCAUAAAUAGUGGGUUUGACCAUUUAUCUCAUGUAGGAUACACAGAGCUCAAUGUUUAUUCUGAUAAUGAAUCUGAAGUCCAACAGUCUGAUGAUGAUAAUGAUGUAAAUGCUCAGAAUUAUGAAAUUAAUCCCAUUAAAGAUAUUGCAGUUAGAUGUGUGCAGACUGAGCCUCAUAUCAUCACUCCUCUACCUGAUGAGUUGGCAUCAGAAAAAUUGAUAGAUGCAGUUGCCUCACCUGAGAUUCCAAUUUCAGUCUCAAAUAUACAGUCAGAUUUUUCUGAGUCCCAGGAAGUUACUUCUGUAUCACCUACAGUUGCUAGGGGGAAUGGUUUGGAAGAAUUUGAUUGGCAACAAGCAGAUGUGAAGUCUGAUCCCUCUGUACUUCCUGAGCUGAUUUCCCUUGAUGCACUCCUUCCAUCAUCAAUUUCCAGAGAAACUGCACUUGAAGUAUCAGAAGAUGACAAGCAUAGUUUCCUAGAUGAUGUUCCUCCAUCACUGAAUGCCAUAGAAACUCCUGUGGAAGCAUCAAAAGAGAGUACACUUGUUUCAGCUGAGGGUGUUCCUUCAUCAUCCAGUGGCGGAGAAACUCCUUUGGAAGCAUCGGAAAAGAGCAAGCUUAUUUCUGUAGAUGAUGUUCGCCAAUUGUCAGAAAGCAAAGCAACCCCUGGUCAAAUAUCAACAAAUAGCAAGCUUGUUUCCCCUAUUGAUGUCCUUCCAUUGUCAAGUGCAGCGGAAACUCCUGUUCAAGGAUUGAAAGUGAAUUGUAUUGCUAGGAAUGAGGAAGUUUGGCAAACAGCUAUGACAGAUUGUGAGAAGAUCUGCGAGACAAGAAUAGCAAUGACAGAUUGCAAGGAGAUCUGCAAAGAAAGAACUAGAUCAGCUAUAAUGACUGAAACAACUGCAGAAACAAACUCUAUUUUGGCUGAAAAUGGUCUGCAAGGGCCCAAUUUAUUGGAUCUUGGUGAUGCUUACAAGCUAGCCAUUGGCAGUAGGGGGAGACAGUUAUCUGGUGCUCUUGCAGAACAAUGGAUUGGGAAGGAUUCAUCAAGAUUCAGUGACGAUUUGAAGCUCUUAUUUUCACAGUUAUCUGCUACUCGAGAGCAGUCUAUAAAUGAUGCAAGUCCUAGAGUGCCUAUGAGCCCAAGAGUCUCUAUGAGUCCAAAAUUGUCUGUAAACAGUGACGAAUUGAAGAAUCCUUUUGCUACUAGUGGCUUAGGGAUGCAAAUACUUCAAAAGAGAAUCUCACUUGAGAGAAAUGAAUCUGGUUUAUCUCUGGAUGGAAGUAUUGUCAGUGAAAUUGAAGGUGAAAGUGUGGUUGAUAGGUUGAAACGGCAGGUUGAACAUGAUAAGAAAUUGCUGCAGGCUCUGUACAAGGAAUUGGAAGAAGAAAGAAAUGCAUCUGCAAUUGCAGCAAAUCAAACUAUGGCCAUGAUUACUAGACUGCAGGAAGAGAAGGCCACACUCCAAAUGGAAGCCCUGCAGCAACUAAGAAUGAUGGAAGAGCAAGCUGAGU